GUAAUUUUUAAACUAAUGGGCUGAAAUAGUUAUUUUUGAUAAACAACAGGGACAAAAAGAGUAAUUAACUCUAAAAUUGAAUAAAGAUUAUAAAAUGUUGAAGGAAGCAAUAUGCAAGGAUGAACUAAUAAUUAAGAUAGAUGAACUCAUGAAGAACCACCGGAAAAUACGGGAAUUACGUCUGAGGGAGAGGGAGUAUGUUACACUCAUAUUAGCAGCUGAAGAAACAAACGGAUCAUCGUCUGAAAUUGCUCAGAAUGAGAUUGCACCCAUGAAGAGAAGGAAGUUGCAGGAGUCUGAUGAUGAAGAUACGGGGAUGACAAUAUCAAAACUUGGUGAGCUUACUAUGGAAGUCAGACCCCAAAAACAGGAAACAGGCCAUAACAUGAAGCAUUGUAAAAUGGAUGAAGAUGAAGUCCCUGAAAUGAAUAGGGAUGAUGAUGUUGAUGCCCCUAAAAUGGAUGUUGAUGAUGCUGCCACUGAAAUGCAUGAUGAUGAUGUCUUUGAAACGGAUACAAGAUCGGAAACAAAGGUUGACGAUGGAAAUAGACAAUUACAGAUUUUCCACAUGGAUUCAACUGCACAAAACCGCUUGCACUCGAUUAAGCUGUGGCCUCCAAGCCAAGGCAGGAGGCAAAUAUUUGUGGAACGCAUAACCAUAAUCCUCACCAUCCCAUCCAUUUUGUCCAGAAUGUAUGGUCUUUUAAGCAAGGAAGAAGCCCAAGAAGAUGCUAAGAGAAUCGAAGCCGCAACCUUUGAAACAGCAAACCAACACUUUGAAAAGGAGUCAGAUGGCGAUGGCGGUUCUGCUUUUCAACUUUAUGCUAAACAAUCCAGUACGCUAAUGAUUGAGGCUGUAAAGAGAGGCCCCAGAGUAAAACAAGAAAUUACGAUUGCACCAGAAAACAAAAAAGUUGUUUUCGACAUUUCCAAAGGAAAAAGAGCCUUCAUUGAUGCAGAUGAAGCUAAAGACCUGCUAAAACCGCUACAAGAACCUGGAAACAAGUAUACCAAGAUAUGUUUUAGCAACCGAAGCUUCGGGUUGGAUGCAGCGCGUAUUGCUGCUCCUGUUUUGGUCUCUCUAAAGGGUCAACUCACCGAAGUUGACUUAUCAGAUUUUGUUGCGGGUAGGCCAGAAGACGAGGCCCUAGAAGUUAUGAAAAUGUUCUCAGCAGCCCUUGAAGGUUUCGACUUGCGGUAUUUGGACAUUUCAGAUAACGCAUUGGGUGAAAGAGGAGUUAGGGCAUUUAGUGAGCUUUUAAGUUCACAAAGUAACCUCGAGGAGUUGUAUUUAAAGAACGACGGUAUCUCAGAAGAAGCUGCAAAAGCGGUGGUCGAGUUAAUUCCUUCCACACAGAAACUAAAAAUUCUUCAUUUUCAUAAUAAUAUGACUGACGAUGAAGGAGCAAUUGUGAUUUCCGAACUUUUAAAGAAAUCCCCGAUCUUGGAGGAUUUUAGGUGUUCGUCCACUUGGGUCGGUUCUGAAGGUGGAAUUGCUUUAUCAGAAGCACUUGCCACAUGUACCGGUUUGAUGAAACUCGAUCUUCGUGAUAAUAUGUUCGGUGUAAAAGCCGGGAUUGCUUUGAGUAAAACCGUUUCUUUACUCACUAAUUUGACUGAAAUUUACCUCGGUUACUUAAAGUUGGAAAACGAAGGAAGUUUAGCGCUUGUUAACGCUCUCAAAGAUUCCGCUAAGUUUCUAGAAGUUGUGGAAUUGGCGGGAAACUACAUUACCGCAGAAGCAGCUUCUGGUUUGGCUGAAUUUAUCGUUGCGAGAAAAGAGUCGUUAGUUAAGAUACUUUUGUCACGUAAUGAAUUGAAGGAUGAAGGUGUUAUAACAAUUGCUAAGGCCCUUGAAGAAGACUUUCCACGGUUGACUGAAGUUGACUUGAGCUUCAAUAUGAUUAGAAGGGCUGGGGCUAAGGUUUUGGCUCAGGCGGUUGUCGGUAAACCAGGGUUUAAGGUGCUUAACAUUAAUGGUAAUUACAUAUCUGAUGAAGGCGUUGAAGACGUGAAAGAGAUUUUCAAGAAUUCACCUGAUAUGCUUGGACUGUUGGAUGAUAAUGACCCUGAAGGAGAAGAGUACGAUGAUGAGGACGAGGAUGCUGACGAGGAUAAGCAGGAAGAAUAGAGGUCACAGUUUAGGUAUGAUCGUUUAUCUAGUUUACAUUUCUUAUGAUUUAACGUAUUUAGACGAGAAGACAAUCGUAAAUCCUUUUUUUAGGUUAAGGUAAGGAUGUAUGACCUUGUUUUGUAUUGGCAUUUGGAUUUACUUAUGUUUCUGGCACCUGAUUGUGCUUUUU